AUGUUCCAAUUCAGCGCCGGAAAUAUUUCGCACGAGGCUAGCGUCGAUAAUACGAUGCCAGCCUCGCGUAACCAAGUCUCCGGUGGUGAGAAACGUCAGAUCACCAGGAAUCGUAUUAGUUACUCCUGUCAGACAUGCCGGAAACGAAAAGUAAAAUGCGAUAAGGUACAUCCAGUCUGUGGGGGAUGCAAAAAAGCAAACGAAGAUUGUGUAUACAACGAUGAAACCAAACCAACCAUUAUCGCCACCACCGAGAUAUCAGACGGGUCGAAGAAGCGGAGGACGACAUAUGAAAGGCAAGAAUCGACUUCGGUCUCGUCGUCCAGCCCAUCUCAGGACAAGGCGAUACCGCCUCCUCCUCAGUUAAAAGCAAUCGAGGAGCAGUUGCAUCGCUUGACUUCAAUGGUCGAUGCACUCCGAAAAUCUGGAGGCAACGAGUCGCAACUCCGCGAUUUGCUCACCCCAGUGCCUUCCCAGUCGGAACAUGAUUCGGAUGAAACAGCGUCUCGGCCGGACCUCAGUCUCGGGAUGUUUCGCUCCAGAAACUCAGGAUCACCAAAAGACGUGAAUGAAUUGAAUCGGCCUUUGUCUAGUCUCAAAUUGACCAACGGCAACAGCAAACGGACUGUUGAAGAUCCAUUUUGGAUACAUAUCUCUGACGAGUUGGAUCAGCUUAACCACAUGAUGAGACGUCACAAUAACGUCUCUGGUAGUACAACAAGUGUGCAGAACAAAAAUUGCGAUGAAGCAAGGCCUUCAGCUAAUGGACCACAUGUUGAACCUGUCAAGGACGAUUUCUGGGAGCCGAUGAGUUUUGAGACGGCCUCUGCGGCUAAUGGUACCAACUCCUACGAUCCCGACAGUGAUUGUACCAUGUGUCAAAAAGUACCAUUUUCCAAGGCAACUUUGUUACAAGCAUUACCGAUAAAUUGCUCACACGCAACUGCCUACCACCAUCUCUUUAAAGCUUUUCCGACCAGGGCUCAGAGCAAUGUCCUUCUCCGAUGUUGGCUGUCAACCGUCUAUCCGAUUCUACCUCUUCAUAUUCCAGGUGAAAUUUUGGAGAAACACGAGAUGCUUUGGAAUCGAAUCGAAACAGUGGGAUUGGCACAAAUGCAAUUACACUAUCCGGAUCUUGAAAUAUACUCCAUAAUGUAUGUGAUCUGGUAUGCUGGAGUACUCGGCCUAUCCAGAAAAGGUCUGCAACGUUGGUUUCCAGAUUCAACACGUGCCGACUUGGCUACCAAAUUUCACGGCAGCGUAGUCUAUACACUGCACCUGGGACACUUCACGCGGGAUGUUAGCCUCCAGAAGCUCGCUGCCUUGGUUAUGGUGCAGUCUUUGCCCAUUGCUGAAGAAGACCCUAUCCAAGCCAGCCUUUAUACUCAGCUCAACGUCAGGCUGGGUCUGGCGAUGGGUCUACACCGAGAACCAACUCUAUUUGACCUACCCGUCGCUGAGGAAGGCAUGCGUCGCCGAAUAUGGUGGCAACUGGUGCAAUUGGACACCUCUCUUGUCAUCUCUACUGGAUACCCGACAUUAAUUUCAGAAAAUGUCUCUGAUACGAGAAUCAAUUGUGAAGACAAGGAUGCGUUCAUUUCUGAUGACGACGAGGCGAUAAGCCUUGAGGGUGGGAAGAAGCCAAAGCCGUUCUCGUGGGGUGAAACUCACUCUACCGACGAAAACGGCAAUUUGACACUUCACCGCACCAUGAGCCUCGUAGCAAGGGCGAGAUCGGUUCAGGCAUGUGCCUUGCGUGCUAUCGUCGAUACCCACCUAGGAACUAAAACGAUCACCAGCACCGAUAUGCAAGAAUUGAAGAGAGUCAUGGCUGAAGCUGAGGAGCAGAUCAACGACAUCAUCGCUCAGAUCCCGGCCAAGGGCUUACCUGAGAUGGGCUUCGUUCCUGAAGGACCCAAUGGGAAAUCGAGACAAGCCUACAGUCUCGACUGCGACUCGUCUAUGAGCAGUACCGUCACUGAGAAGGAUCUCGCAUUCUACCAGAAUUAUGUGAGCGAUGAUAAUCUAGCAACGCCCCUUGCACGUUAUCAUCGACAGAGACUGGCGGUCUUCAACAAGUGGGCUCGUAUCACCCUUUCGAUGUUGAAAGAUAAACUACAUUGUGUGGCAUAUGCUCCCUUUCUGAAAAAUGCCAAGAGCAAACUGUGGACGGUUGGGAGGCAGUGCGCUUUGCAUAACUGCCACAGUUUUAUGAGAAAGUUCAUCUCCUUGGUGGAAGAUCCUGACCUUGAAACCUUCCGAUGGACUUGGCCCGCAAUGUACGGCCCCUUACAUGCCGGACUGAUCAUGCUCGUCGAUCUCUACGCACAGCCUGACAGUGUGGAAGCACCGCGGUCCAGGGAACUCAUUGACAAGGUCUUCUCACUUUCCGAUCCGCGGGCUGGAAUUGUUGGGGGUCCCAAUGGGGUCACCAUUCAAAGGCCUCUCCGCGAAGGUGGCGUGGAACCGUGGGAUAUGUUGCGAGGCCUUCGCUCCGCUGCCUGGCAGAUGGCAGGACUUGACCCCAACGUGCUUUGGACCCAGGAGGAUCAACUCAAGCUAGGUCUUGCGACUCCCCUCACAGAUGCCCAGAAGAUAGCCCAGAGUUUGAGGGAGGACAGCAUCUAUGAGACUGGGGACGGGCAAGCAAACCUUAAUCUUGCUACCAAAACCGACCUUAGAAAUCAAUCAACAGAACAGGGAAUUCGAUACAUGGUAAGCCUGGCGUCCAGCGAAUUGAAUGGUGACAAGGAAGUCGACGAGUACAAUUGUUCUCGAGCAGUCAGGAACAGAUUUCUCCGUGAUAUCGAAAAUGGAGACCGUCGAGGUCAUGGUCUCAAGCUAGCGCAAUUAGAAGGACAGCAGAAAAUGCCUUUCCCAUUGAGUGGCUGUAUGGAGAGAUGCUCCCAACAAGCCGUCGGUGGUGAUGUCCCUAGCUCGUGCUUAGGAAGUGGGAAAGCAGUCCUCAGACCCACCGCAGUCGGCUACCACCCGUGCACUGGUCAGGUUGGGACGUCAGACAAUACCACCGACAAGAAGGAAAACGAUGGAGCAGACCCGUUGUUUCAGCAGGAUGGAUAUAUCGGCAGUCAAACCGACGGUGAUCUGCCGUCUGUGGAAAUUAAUACACUACAACAGAGCUUUGGAGGACCAAAUGGAAAUGGAUUGGAUUCUUCUGGAAUGCAAACUGGUCAUGGCAUUCAAGCAAACGAGCAAACUUUCGGUACAUAUAAGGAGACUCAGAAUACUACAUCGGCGCCUUCUGCGGCAGAAGACUUCGGGUUUGACUGGGCUCGUUGGGACUCUGUGUUUGGACAGUAUACUGGUUUUACUGAUAUGAUGGAAGAUGUGACAUUGUCAUGGGUUGAGUAA